CGCGCGCCACACACAGCACACUAACGCGUCUCGCUAUUAAAAAAAACAUAAUUACAGCUAAAGGCAGACAAACAAACAUGGGAGUGCACCUCAAAAAUGCAAUACUGACAUACCACGGUAUUAAAUCGUGGUGGGCUUAAAAAAAUGAAAGCAACAACAGUAAUAUUACACUUGUGCGCUAUAUCAGUUGGUUUGUAAGCGGUGGGGUAUCAGUAGUGCUGUUGCCACGACGGGAGGUGGACCUCACUUGCUGUGAUUGUGUUGUGUCGGGAUUUUGUGAAAUGAUGUGGUUAUUGUUUGCUGCUUUACUCGUUUUUGCGAGGCAUGCUGAUUGUGGUGCACUAAGAUGUCCGGAAGGAAGUUCCUGUACAGCCGAGGAAGAAUCAAAAGCACCACCAUUACCAGUCCCGAAUAACCCUAGUCCACGAGAGGCGGAGUGCCAGCCGGGAAGCGAAUGGGAGAGUAACUGCCACUCCUGCAAGUGCUCAGAGGCCGGCAUAGCGGAGUGUUUGAAGCAAGCUGCCUGCGAUAAAGAAGUUUCUGCGGAUCCCAUCCGCUGCAAGCCGAACACGACCGUCGAGAGGGACUGCAACACUUGCAUCUGUCUGGAAGGCGGAUUAGGACUCUGCACCUUAAAGAGCUGUGCUAAAAACGAUCCGGAACUGCCCUCGGGCGAAGACUGCGCACCAGGAACCUCGUGGAUGAAUGAAUGCAACCACUGCUGGUGCAGUUCGAGGGGCUACGGGGCUUGCACAUUGAAAGGAUGCUUCAAUGAUCCAGAGCCGAGCAGAUACUGCGCUCCGAACACUUCGUGGAGGAAAGAUUGUAACAUCUGCCAUUGUACUAGCCAGGGGCGGCCCGUCUGCACAUUAAUGGAAUGCAGGGAAAAUACGAGACCCUCUUUAGCCGAAAUAUAUGAAGACAACUCGGAACACGAACAGAGAUCGCAACUAAAACCACUUACCGAUAUUAAAGUAGAGAAAAGAGCGACAAGAUGCGAACCGCGUGCAGAAUUCAAAAGCGAAUGUAAUGUUUGUAAGUGUUCAGCGGACGGUAGGAGUUUCAGUUGCACGCAGAAUGAGUGUCUGGAAGGCGACAGCGUGGACAGUGACGUGGAGGUCUUCCAGGAAACCGAUGGUCCUGAUCAUGUAGAAAGAAAUUCCGUGUGCCAACCUAACACAAUAUUCUAUGUGGCUUGCAACGCUUGCCAGUGUAACAAUCAGGGCACGGAUUUCGCCUGCACCCUCAAAAUAUGCCCCUUACCGAGGGACGUCGAGGUUUUCCACGAGUUCAGGAUGGGCCGUUCAGCUGUGAACACCACUAAAGCGGUGAUAUGCGUAGCCAACAGGAUGUUUAUCAAGGAUUGCAACACUUGCUGGUGCAAUGAGGACGGCACCAGCUUCUACUGCACCAGGAGAGUGUGCACCAUCCCUGAUGAUGACCAGGAUGGUCAAAAGGUAACCCAGGCGGCGUUGUCCAGGAAAAUUCGUGCUUUCCAGGAAGUGCCAAAGCAGUGCCAGCCGGGCCAGGAGUUCCGAAUGGAUUGCAACAAGUGCCUUUGCGACAACGAGGGACAGAACUUCUCCUGCACUCGCAUGGACUGCAGCGCCAUGAACAAUCACAAUGGAGACGCGUUCAGCAGUAGGACCAAGAGAGAAACUGGAAAGGAGGAAAUGAAGUGCGUGCCGGGCAGCGUGUUCGACCGUGAGUGCAACGUGUGCCGGUGCGCGGACGAGGGGCAGCACGCCAUCUGCACCAUGAACCGGUGCACGCUAGAGGGCGCCACCGAACGCCCCGCGCCUGAGCAGGACGAAGGAUUCAGAUGUAAUCCGGGCGAACAGUUCGCACAGAAAUGCAACGAUUGCACUUGUUCAGCUGACGGGCGGAGUGUAUUCUGCACGCUGCGUCUCUGCGACAAGGACAUCGCAGUCGACAUAUAGAGAACACUACACAUAGCAAUAAACAACGUAUCUUGAUGCGAACAAACAAUUCGAUAAUUUUUUAAAGCAUUUGAAAAACAUUUCUUUUAUUCUCUAUUUUAUAAUGAAGGUUUAAAGCGCUGUAUUCUCAAACGUUACGUAGCUAAAUACGGGGAAAUGCUAUGAUAAUAAGUCUGUUUCUUAGUACUGCCAGUUAAUGGAUAACACAGGCAAUUAAUGCACUUUUUUAUCUACCAUUUAUUUACAACUUCGACUAUUGUAUUUGGCCGCUUUAUAUUAUAUUCGACAAUUAGCGUCUAUUUAGAUGUUCUGAAAUAUGUACUUAUUCUCAAAAUACACAAAUACUUCACAUCGAUAAUUAUCCUAUUAAGUAACGUAAUAGUAUAUUAUCCAUUUCUUAAAACUGCAGGUUCUGUUGAAAAGGGUAAAAUCACAGAGAAAGAUUAGGGAAAAUAUGCUAAUUAUUUAGCAAAACAGCCUUAUGUGCUAUAGUAUCAAACGAAUUAUUUUGAAUAUUAAGUAAUAUAAUAAUAAACAUUAUCAUUGAUAGAACUGUAUUGCAACAUAUUGUAUUGUUAUUUCGCAUCAGGACAAUAACGGUCAUCCACAGCAGCUGCCUACAUAAAAUCCUAAUCGAUAACACUAUAUUUAUUACAACAAUCGAUUGUAUUAAUUCGAUUCAUAUCGAAUGAGGAACUCGAUUCCUAGUAACAUUUUCAUUAAGUAUUUGUGACUAAUUAUACUUAGUUUUUUAUUUUGUACGUUACUCGAACGAUUUUGUUAUGUGAAAUACUCAUUAGAUCUUUCGGGAUUUUCAUACGCGGUGUUUUGAAUGUCAGGCUUAAUUCUGUUAAAUAGAGAUGUUACGGAUUCUUAAAUUAUAGUAAGCAACCAGUCGCUUCUUAAUUUAGCCGUAUAAUAAUACUUCGAAGUUUGAAUUCUAUGUCCUUGAGAAUAAAUUUAGUUUUGCUACUAUUAUAUCAUUGUUAUACAACUGACGUUGACUUAAAAGCAAAUUGAACAUAAUUGUCGUUAGCUGCAGCGUGCAAAAUCCAAUACAUAAUGUUUAACUCAAAGCAAAAGGUCCAUAAUAUCUCUAUAAAUAUUCUUUUAUCGUAAAGCAAGCGAAUAAAUAGUAUGUAUGCGAUCUGAAAUUAAAAUAGUGAUAUUUGAAUCUUAAUGCUUGUUCUUUUAAUAAUUUUGAUAAUACAUAGUGUGAGCAUGGUGAGGUAUUUUUAAUUUUAUGUGUAUUUGUUUUAGAUGCUAAUUUGUACGUCAUUUUGAGGAACCUAAUAUUUUUCAUUUGUGUGUGGCCUGGUGUCGGACGGGUUAAUAAAAUAUUAUUAUCUGUGGCAAUAUACAUUUCAAAUUAAAGAUUUUAUAUAAAAAUCUAAAUAAGCGUUUUUUAAAGAUAACCUAUUAAAACUACGUGAAAUCUGUAUGUUGUUACAGAAUAAUAGCAUUUUUAAAAGUAUUUUUUUAUCGAAUACCCAUCGCAAAUGGCUACACUCUUUUUUUUUACAAAAAUCAGUGAAGAAUUGUUUUUAAAAACAAUUCACCACUGAAUUCAUCUAUUUUCUAAGCUGAUCAGCUUAUGAAUUUAUUUAGUUAGUAAAUAUCUCGACUGGAAGGAAUUACAACUAUUUUUAAAAUCAAUAAAUAUAAACAAUACAGUAUAAAUAAGCUGUUACUAGAUGGCGUUAAAACAUAGUGAUCGAAUUAUUUGAAUUUAGAAUGCAAUCUAUUUGCGUCCUUAUAUUUUUUUAAAUUUUACAAUUCAAAUGAACAUGAAGUUCUUAAGGUUUGAGUUUUGUCUUUAAUAUUUUUGUAACUCCUUAGAACAAGUCGAGUAAUAACGGUUUAAUUGCUUAAUAGUUAGCGUGCCUCAUGUAUUAGAAUAAUACGUAAAUAUACUUAAGUUUUGAGAUAUUAAGAAACAAAUAAACGAUAAAGAAGAAUGA